AUGUCCAUACAAGUCCCUGCAUCCUACUCGGCGCUGCCAACCCGGCACGUAAAGGUCGAUCAUGUACCCGCUAGCUCCGCGACGGCCACUCCCGUCCUGCUCCUAACUCUCAAUCGCCCCGAUAAGCUCAAUGCGUUCACAGGGACGAUGGCAGAGGAGUUGAUUUCGUUCUUCAAUACGGCUGACGCGGACGACCGUGUCAAAACCAUCGUGGUGACGGGAGCGGGGCGGGCGUUUUGCGCCGGCGCGGAUCUGGAGAUCGGGUUUCCGAAGAGCUCAUCCGGCGAUGGGUCGAGGAUUAAUCCUGGUGACGAUGGAGUGGAACAUAGAGAUGGCGGCGGCCGCGUGACCCUCGCCAUCAACUCCUGCCGCAAACCAACAAUAAUGGCCCUCAACGGCCCCGCCGUCGGCAUAGGCAUAACCAUGACGCUCCCCGCAACAAUCCGCCUCGCAACCCGCGGCUCAAAAAUCGGCUUCGUCUUCUCGCGCCGGGGCCUGGUAAUGGAAGCAGCAUCCUCGUUCUUCCUCCCGCGUCUGAUCGGAUACAGCCGCGCUCUACACCUCGCCGCCACGGGUGCUACAUACCCAGCCGAACACCCUCUAUUUGGCGCGUUGUUUUCCGAGGUGCUGCCCACGGGCGCGGAGACGGUGGCGCGCGCUCUGGAGAUUGCGGCGGAUAUUGCGAAGAAUACAUCAAUCGUGGCAUCGACGUUGAUGAGGGAGAUGAUGUAUCGGGGUCCCGGGAAUGCGGAGGCGGCGCAUUUGUUGGAUUCCAAGGUUAUUUAUGGGAUGUUUGGGGGCAGGGAGAAUGAAGAAGGGGUCAAAAGUUUUUUGCAGAAAAGGCCGCCGGUGUUUAAGGGAAGCUUUGGGAAUAAGGAGGAUAUACCAGAUGUUUAUCCUUGGUGGACGCCUGUGGAUGUUAAGCAGCGGGCCAGAGCGGCGAAGUUGUGA